AUGCAGCCACGUCCCCCCCAUUUUCAACGUCCUCCUCCCAAUCAAGCCUUCUCGCCGCGUCCAGCCACGCUUAACCAACCACAAAGCCCACUUCAACAUCGACCAGAAGUUAUCCAUCCAAGACCUGCACCACCGCCAGUGGCACCCACAGGACGUGCGGCACCCACACAGGAAGGCGGUCAUCAACCUGUUCCGAAUCUUAUAAACAAAGGCCACACAGGAACCUUAAGCGCCCAGCUGGGUUCUCCCAAGUCAACGGACGACAAUAGUGAUACUUCCAGUCUCUUUGGUGCUGUACCCACCUCUGCCUCGGAGAAGGCCGGGCUCCCCUUGGCCGAUGUUCUCUUUGGUAGCGGCCCAUCUUCCACGGACUUCUUCCGGCAGCCCCCUGCACCUAUCAAAUAUACACCCAUUCAGCGUCGUUCAGUGGAUACUCAUCGUCAGCCUGACAAAUUGGCUGCUACGACGCAAAAGGAUGUAGAUUCACUGUUCUCUUCUCCGGCAGCAGCGACGAUCACUACUCAACAGGAUGUAGGUUCGUUGUUCACUUCUCCGGCGACUGUGGCGGUGGCGACGAUCUACCACCAAGAAACUCAUUCGGACAAAACGUUGCCAGAGAAUAAAUCGAUUACCAGGAUUCCAUCUCCUCCGUUUCGAAGCACCGACGUCUUUUCACUCAGAGGAUCUCAGGAAUCUCGGUCAAGUCAGCCAGCGCCCAUUUUUGACCCACCAACUGCAGCAUCACAAUCGAUGGAUGUUUCAGCCGAAUCAAAUGCCAUUUCGUCUGCUACGCCUCAACGCGCAUCGCCAACUAAUCACCACGAGACACCACUCUCGCCAACCGAUCCUGUCGUCAGUGCACUAAGCAACAACAACCGUGGCAGUUUCGAUGUUGAUCAGAAUACAACGGAAACCAAAGUCUUUCAAGCACUGCAUCAUCAGGACUCGUCUUCCUUGUUUGGUGGAAGUGAUGACACAGACGCGUCUCACUUCUUUUCGGGGCCUUCUGCUAUGGACUCCACUGCAUUCUUUAGUGGUCUUUCUCAACCAGGGUCUUCUGCAGCUCAUAUAGGGACAGCAUCCAGCACGACCGCCACAGCAAACAAUGAUGCCUUUCAACCCAUCAUCUCGUCUGUCCCAGUGUCCUCAGCUGAAUUUGAUCGUACAGUCGAACUUACAGCCAGUCGGGAUAUGGGCCUUACUCUGGCGAGUCAUGCGCCAGUCCAAUCUGCAGCAGCUACAGUGACUAGAAAUGCGGUGGAUCUCUUUGGACAACCCUUGCAGCAGGACUUCUUUGCCUCUAGUUUCUUCAACAACAACGAGAAGCAGGACGCGUCAGAGACUACCGCCACAAUGGAGACAUCGACAGACACCCUUCAUGAUACUUUUUUCAGUAACUUAGAACGGUCGACUGUAGAUCGCGCUGGCGUAGGGAGCAAUGCCCAGCCCAAGGAGACUCAACAUGAUACCGACACUGUCGACAUCACGCAUGCCCCUCCAGUGUCGCUUCGAGAAUCUCAACGACCACCGCCGUCGUUCAGGGACACCCCUUCCAGCCUGAGGCACGAUAAGCCCCAAGCCCCAAACAACGCGCGCGAAGUGGACUCUUUGUUCGAGCAGCCAUUAGGCAGCGAGCAGUACCAGGCGCCCCACCAGCACGCUCAACACGAUCAACUCGCACAGGCGCGAGGGUCCAGCGACGCCCAGGGAGUAGAUGAACAGCCUACUCCUAUAUCCGAGGAGGCCAAGCCAUCGCGUCCUCACGACCACCAGUCAAAAGAUUCCCACCAUCAAUAUAUAUUUGCCGCCCCAGUCCAGGAACUACCUCACCACGCGCCUUCUUUCGUCACCCAGGAGCUCCAUAGACACCAAGAGUCCGUCUCAGAUCUUUUCAGCCAGGCGUCUCAGCCAUUUGGUCUCGACAAUCAUGGAUCGGAUGAUCGCCAACCCUCGAUAUCAUAUCUUUUCAGCCAGCCAUCUCAGUCGCAGGCUUUAGACAUGAGCACCCCAAAGAAUCGCCAACAGUCCGUGUCGGACCUUUUUGAUAUGGUGCGUCAGACGUUCGCCGUGGACGCUCUCAAACCAGAGGGCCGCCAACAGUCGGUCUCGGAUCUUUUCGACAUGACCCCUCAGUCGUAUGCCUUUGACAAUCCAGAGUCUGAGAAUCGUAAACAAUCGCUGUCGGAGCAGUUAAAUCAAGAACUCCAGCCAUUUACCGUUGACAACCACAAGUCGGAGGAUCACCUGGAGUCCGCUUCGAACCAACUACACAAAGCGUCACAGCCCUUUUCUUUUGGCAAGCAAGGGCCCACUUCUUUUGACUUUCUCGGAACAUCCUAUGCUCAAGAGAUAUCAACUUUUGAUUUGCUUGGAACCUCGCAUACUCAAGGACAAGCCCCUUUCGACUUGCUCGGAACCCCAAAUACCGAAGGAGAGUCUCCUCUCGACCUUCUCGGAACCUCUGACAUCCAUGGAAGAUCACCCUUUGAUCUACCCGAAACCUCCAAAAUCCAAGGAGGAUCUCCCUUUGACUUGCUCGGAACCUCCAGCACCCAAGGAGGAACAUUUUUUGACACCGUCGAGCCUCAAUCGAAUGAAUUACCUAUGGAACCUUCUUGGCCGUCUCAAGAUCCAGAGCAUAAUGCUGUUGGUGUCCCCGCUUCUGCACCCCCCAAGAGCCAGCAAAGGGCCCUGCCCGCAACCUUUUCAUUCAACAACCAGUUUGAAGAGGUUGACAACAGCUUUACUAGUAUCGACAGCCUGUCGGAACAAGUUGCGCAGCCACCUGUUCGUCCACCUCAGCCAUCCAACUCGCCUCCACCCCAGCAGAGCCAAUCGCAACCUAUUCCAUUUGACGAGACUUUGCCCAGCCCAACCAGUCCAGGCUUUGGUCGUAACGCGACGGGAUCAUUUGUCACGCACGACAUCCACGCAGCGGAGGCGAUCGUGCAACCAGGGAGCUACUCGAUCAUGGAGCUCAGCAGUGAGUUGGCACACACGCAGUACUUUUCUCAGGCAAGGGAGUCCCCCAGACUCCAGGAACGUGCCAACUGGUCCAAGACUGCCUCCGGAUCAGGUGCGACUGAGCUUUCUCAAGGCAUGUCGCCCAAAGUGGAGGUUGAGACUUCAGUGUUCGAUCAGGUCUCUUUAGCCGAGGACGCCCCAGGAACAGCUUCCCCUUCGACUAACGUGACCUCAGCCACUAGUCCUCCAACCAAAGAACGUAGUCUUGCGUCCCUCCUUGAUCCUUCCACUUUGAGCGCCGUGGAGGACCUGCUGAACAUGCCCAAAUCCGCAGCCUUUGAACGAGGCAUGUCGCGGCUCUUCAAGGGUGUCAAGAGUAGUGCCACGUCGAUGUUUACCUCGCCCUUGGGACAAUCGCCGUCAAAGUCCUUGGCCACUUUAGGUGCCUCUUCUGCCGAUGCUGCAACUCCUGCCACGGGCGAGACAGGGGCUGUGCUUACGGCAUCCGUCCCUAGUGUAAGCGCACAGCCCACGACUGCGCCGCCUGCACCUGCACCAGCACCUGCUACUACCUCUGCUCCGCCUGUAGCGACUGUUCUCCCUCCUCCCCCACGCCGUACUCAGGAGAAGGACCAUUCCAAGCUCCAGCCACCACCCAGAAUUUCGAACUGGCCAGCUACACCUGACGCCGCAGGAGCUCCAACAAUGGCUGCGGCACCUAUGGAAGCCUCACAACCUGUCAAAUUUGAUUGGGCACACAAGCAAUCGAGCAUGUUCCUCGAAUCCACAGAGGAGGCAGUGCCUGAGCGCGGCGAGGCGAUCGAGUCUUUAUCAAACGUCGGACGAGAAGAGCCAUCCAAGGAACUCGAUGACGUCCCAAAAACUUUAUCCCUCCAGUCCACCACUAUGCAUACACCGACUGCACCGCCUGCCUUCCCGACUGCAAGUGAGCAAUCGUUCCACUUUAACCAUGCCGCACUUUCGCAAGGAUCGCAAAGAGAUUCGGCGCAGUACCAUCCAGUGCCGCAAGGACACGGCGCGGUUGACAUUUCGGCUGCUCCAGAGGCCCACGUGGACGCCAGUUUUGUUGGGCAUAGAGAGUCGGAGGAUAUGCCAGGAGAUCCUGUUGAUCUUGGCGGGCAAAAGAUCAAUGCCCAUAUGAAGUGGGAGUCCCCCAACGUCGCCGUUUCGAAGCAAGGACUGGGGUUGGCUAGCCCAAGUGCUCCCCACCAUACCACCAGCCCGCCAGUUCAUCACCAUCUUGCUGUCAGCCCUACACUCCAUCCUCGCACUGCCAGCCCGGCCCUACACCACCACCACCAACAAGCUACCAGCCCUACCCUUCAACACCAGUCGGCGAGCCCUACGCUUCUUCAGCGUACGGUGAGUCCUACACUCCUUCAUCACGCAGCCAGUCCUACGCUCCUUCAGCGGGCGAUUAGUCCAAGCGUUUUAGACCCUGAAGUACUGUUAAGGAAACAAGCAGCUGUGCAUGCACUGCUGGCGGAUCAGGUGGCUCAUGGAGGGUCGACAGGAGUAGGUCGCACCAAGCCGGACAAAAAGGAACGAUUGCUGGAGAAGGCUCGCGAACUUCUAGAGAAGCGACAGCAGAGUUCCGGUGUCCACCUUCAAGGGUCCAGUGGAGGACAUUCAGGACCGACGGUGCAAAAGUAUUCAAGUGCAGGAUCAAGAUCCAGUGGUGAAUGGAUGCGACAGGAGGAGAGUCCUAGACGUAGGUCACUUUUGAGUCGCGACCAGUAUUCUUCGCCCACCAUCUCGCACCAGCUACCCACCCUACACAACGAACCAGUAACCGACCCAGUGCCAGUGCCUUACCAACCAGCAUCACCAAGCUAUGGUGCACAUCAGCCGCAGCAACAGCAGGAACAGCAACAGCCGCAGCAGCAGACCCAACAACAGGUCGACGAGGUCAUGGCGGACCGUCACUUGGCACUGGAGAACGAGCGCCUUCGGGAACAAGUUCGAUUGCUUUUGGCAGAGACAAGUGGCCUCCAGGUCCAGAUCCAAUCACAGGAACAGCUGCAGUUCCAGGUCUCGCGGUUGCAGGAGGAUCUCACGAGAAUACACUCAGAGUCCCAAGCGGCGGAGGCAAGGCAUCUAGAGACCCGUUCAGAUCACUCUCGACGGCUGGACGACGUAAGCCUGGAGAACCACAGACUUCAGGCAGCGCUGGCUCAGGCCCAAGCGGACCAUCAUCAUGUGGGCACUGGAAUGGACGACCUUGUGGGCAGAUAUCGACAACUCGAGGCGGAACUUGGCCAAGCCCGGCAAAUCUGCAAGGAGCAGGAGACUGCAUUGGUUGAAGCCCAGAUGAUGAAGGAGGUUGCUUUGGAGAACGAACGACUCCAAUAUGAACUGGAUCGGACACAGAGGGAGCUCCAGGAGCAGCGGGCUAUUGCUGCUGCUGCUGCUGCUGCUGCUUCCGAGACCAACGCGCGUCGGACAAGCAUGGCGUCGGACGAGCAUACCCACACCGCCGAACAACUCUUGCAGGAAGCUGAAGGGCUUCGUCGGCAGCUCAAGGGUCAACGUCAGGAGAUGAAGGAGUUGCAGGAUUCGGUCAAGCGCUCAGAUGCCGAGAAGCGUGAUCUGUUUUCAAGGAUCGGACAGCUGGAGCAUGCCCUGGAAGAUGCCGAUAAGCAUCGAAACGAACAAAAGAGUCACCAAGCGAUGAAGGAUGAGGCCUACAAGGUUAUCCAGGAACGACUUGUUGCAUCCUUUGAGGAAGAGAAAGCUCAGUAUCUUGACGAGGAAGCGUUCAAGAUGGCUAAGCUAGAACACCAGUACAACCUCCUACAGAGUGAAAUGGCAGCUCUUCGUGGAAAGGAGACCGAGAAAUCUGGCCAGGAGACUGACUCGACUUUGUCAAGAGCCGAGGAAGAGAUUCUCAAGAAUCGCGUGACUCAAUUGGAGCUUGAUCUGACGGCAGCCCGAGUGUCUGAGAAAGAGUUGGGAUUCGAGAUGGAGGAGUCGAUCAGAACUGUCGAGAGUUUGAAGCAGGCCGAGUCCAAUAUGCGCCUUGCCUUGGCCGAGAUAGAGGAGCGAUCCAGCGUCUUGCGGGAGGAGCUUGAAAUUGCUCGCAAGGAGGCUGCAGACCGCGGUCCUUCUCAAAGCGAUGUUGGACAGGAGCAAUCGUCCGCAUUGGAGUCGCUGACGGAGGAGCUACAGCUUUCACUGGGGCGCGAGCGACUUCUCAAGAAGGAACUGGAGUUGGCAUCUCAGGUCAUGAAGGACGGUCUGGUGUCUGGAACCCAUGAGGGAUCGUCUGGCCGUGAUGACUUUGAGCUGAGCCGCCUUGCCGAGAAUGCUUCACGGUGGCAAGAGGAGUGUUUUGCAGCAAAGGAAGAGACUAUGCGGGUGGAGGACCAGCUCCAGCGGUCUAACUUGGAGCUUAUGGCGGCGAAGACCGAGAUUCUUCAACUUGAAGCCAACCUUGGGGCGGACGAGUCAUCCUCACCCUCAACAGCAGCACUCCAACAAGAGGUCGCAGAGUUGCGGGAGCGAGUUACUGGACUUUUGAGCGAUAUUCAAGCGCGUGAUGCCGUGCUAGAUGAACUCAGGGCGUCUCGACAGCAGAAUGAGGAGAGGACUGCGGCGAUUCUGGAGAAAGAGAUGUCACACGGCGAGCGGGUGUCAGCACUGCAACACCAACUGGAACAUCAACAGCACGAGAAUAGCAGGCUGGACAGGGAACUCUUGGAGUCAAGGGCGCUACUUCAGGAAGCUCACGCCACUAUUGCCGCGAGCCUCGGAUCAAACCAAUCGGAGAAACUGCAGGCCUUGCUAGAGGAGGAGAGACACAUGAACCGAUCGCAGGUUGAGGGAUUGGAGGGACAAUCUGCCAGGAUGAGGAGCAUGAUGUUGGAGAAGCAAGCGGAGAUCGAGCAGGUGAUGGUUGACCUGGAUUCGGCUACCCACAGAUUGUCUGCGAUGGACCAGGAACUCAACCUCAUGAAGGCUCAGAAGGCGGAGGAGCAGGAACAGCGCGUUGCAUUGGAAGAGUCUUUGUUGCAGUCGAAUACACAGAGAGAUGAGGAGGCCGCACGCCAGGAUUUGCUUCUGGAGCAGGCAAGGGCGCAGCAAGAGGAUCUCAUCAAUCAACUUUCAAUCCUCGAAGAGUCAAAGAGGAAGAUGGAGAUGUCAUUGCAUGAGUAUGUCGCUAUUGCCGAGACGUCCAAGCGAGAGGCAAGCUCCUUCAAGUCACUAGCCGAGAAACUGGAACAAGACCUUAUCACAACCACCUCGACCGUGAACUGCGCGCAAAAGGAUGAUGAGCUGUUGAAGGAAAGAGAGACAGUCGAUGCGUUGAAGAGUGAGAUGUCCGCCAAGGAGGCCCAAUUAGAGCAGGCAAAGGAGCACGUGUCGCUUAUUGCUGACCUCUUCAGGAAGCUUCUGUCGCCAUCGGAAGAUCCGGAGGAACUCGAGGCGAAGGAGAGUAUGAUGACACUUCUUGCAGGAUUGCAGCCUCUGGGUGUUUCGGUUCAGGCACUGCCAUUGGCAGGAGUUCGCUUCCUGGGUAUGCAGAAGGAGAUCAUUAUGUCCAAGACUCGCAUUGAGGACUUGGAGUCCCAACUGAGCACCGUCAAGAACCAGCAGCAGCAAACCAGACAUGAGUCCGAGGGAACUAUUGGUACGAGCGAGGAGUCGUCAGAAGUGGACCGAUUGCGACAGGAGCUGACCAAAGCAGAACACGGCAUUGGCAAGCUGCAGCAGUUCUUGCAGGAGUUCCAGAACGAAAAGAAGAGAGCGAUCUACGAGUUGCAGCAACGACUGGAGGAAUCAGAGGAUGAGGUUGCACAGACUCGUUCCCAGUUGGCCAAAGCGCAAGCCCUAAUGCUCUCUCGGCCAGCAGGGUCGUUGGCAACGGCAGCAGGAUCGGUACAGUCUCCUGAUAUGUCCCAGGCAGCGUUGGAUCGAAUGAGUUCGCUCACGUCGUCAUCGGUGUCGAUCGAUCGGGGGAGGGAUCAGGCUAUUCUGAGGGACGAGACAUUCAAGGGAACGGAGGCAAUCCACCAUGAGGCAGUUCUUGCACUGGAGCCAUUGCGCCAACAGAAAGCUGAGCUGGAGAGGACUUUGUUGGAUUUGCGACACCGUUACGAGUUGUCGCAGAAGGAGAACGACACAUUGUUGUCGGGCUUGGAGAAGGAGAACAAGGUGUUGAAGAGUAAGGUGGAAAUGAGGAGUCCGGACAUGGCGGACGAGCAUCUGGAGCGGAUCCGAGAACUGGAGCUGGAGCAGGUUGAGUUGAACCGGCAGUUGAAGACGGCACAGCGGGAGCUUGAGUUUACACGGCAGGACAUGCGGUCGUUGAAGGCGCUUGCCAAACUGCGCACAAAGUAG